ACCUUGUGACGUUAUUAGUCAUUUUUAAUUGUACUUUCGAUCGAUAUCGAUACUUUUUCAUACUAUGAGUGCCAAGAAAAGCCAGAGUUGAAAAUUGGGUUUUCAACACUGACAGCAAUUGCCACAGCCGCGUUUGAAAGAGCAAAACUUUUUACAAUGGAAAUUGAUGAUAAAUCCAACACGAUGAUGGGGACUGGGACACAAGAGUUGCUGGAGGAACGUGACGUGGAGUUGAAAAAAGUUUUAAAGUUGAAGUUAAUAUUGAAUGAAAUUCGUAAUUUAAAUCUUGGACCUGCGGAGACCCCAGAAAUUAAACGAGCUCUCAAAUUGGUUUCGGUAGCCGAUUAUAUACGUCUGGGUGAUGAUCAGGAUCAUUUGCUUGACCUGCAGGAAUGCAGUAGAUGUCCUCCACUCAGUUAUAUUGAUAGUAAAGCAGUGCGCACCAAAUUGGCGGAAAAUUUACGUACGAUCCUAACACCAAUAGCACAAUUGGGCGAUAAAAUACGGACUGAAUUGCCGGGUGCACUGGCAAAGGAAGAAGAAGCGCAGUUAACUCAAGGACAAAAGGAAAUAAUAAGAAUGCAAAAGGAACAACGUGAUUGCUUGGAGAAAUUGGUGCACAUGCACCAUCAAAAGUGUGUGCUUAUGAUGGAGGCUGCAGAAUUGAAGAUGGGUCCACUCCUGGGACACGAGCUAAAAUUACAGCAAGCGCAGGCGCAACUACUACAGACAAAGGCGGACUUGCUGCGUAUGUACCUCAUAAACGAGAUAUUCUCGCGCACAGAUCACAGUUUAAAAGCACACGAAGAAGUGGACAAGUAUAUUGACGAACUGCUGAGGGCAAAUCAGACUGAACGUCGUUAGCUAUUAUAUUAUAUAUAUUAAGCACAAAAGGAAAUUUAAUAAAGUAUACAUUAGUU